GAAUGGCCAGACCGGACAAAAUCUCAAGCAGCAACGCCUCCGGACAAACCAAGAUCACCAUGCUUCAUGACCGCCGCAGGAGAUACAAAUAGAACCGCCGAACGUGCCCUUGAAGUGAAGACAAACAGUGCGGAUCCGCGCGACCACUGUGCAAUAUGUCUUGAAUCGAUAUCAGAGCGCGCCAUCACUGCGCCGUGCAACCAUGCGCUGUUCGAUUACCUGUGUCUUCUAACAUGGCUCCUAGACCAUGAUGCAAGAUGCCCGCUGUGCAAGACAGAAGUUGUGAGCGUGUCGUACGACUUCGUUUCUACCACCGAAUUCAAGACCUUCAUCGUGCCCAAGAAACCUCCUCCGACAUCUUCGCGAAGCUUGCAUGACCGCCACGACUCCCCAGGCGAUCAGUCGAGAACACUGUCUAGGUCACGCCGCCGCCAGCGUCCCGCGUCAAACUUGCCCUCCGACAGCGAUCGAGCUCUUGAGACGCGUAGGUCUAUUUAUUGCCGCCAACUAUACUCGCUUCAUGUUGGCUCGAACAGCAUUUCAGGGCACCGCAACUUCACUGCGCGCACCUUUUCUGCUUCACUAGAACUGCAGUCGCGGGCACGCAUUUGGAUACGGCGGGAACUCGGCGUAUUUGACUUUCUCAACUCUGUCAAAGGUCCCAACGGAGCCACCCGCCGGGUCAACAAUGCUGAAUUUCUCCUCGAAUACAUCAUAGCCAUGCUGAAGAGCGUAGACAUAAAAGACUGCAGCGGACGCGCCGAGCACAUAUUGGGUGAAUUCUUGGGGAAGUCGAACGCGCGUCUAUUCCUUCAUGAGCUUGAGGCUUGGCUGAGAAGUCCUUACUGCGAUGUCAGGGAAUGGGAUGCGGUCGUUCAGUAUCCCGAUUUGUAGCCAGACGACACAACUAUAGAGAAACACAUUGCACAACAGACCAUUCAUCAACGAGCAGUUUGGCGCAGUUGAUGGCGCAAAAUGGAAGAGGAGCCCUUCGCUGGCAUAGACAAUCUCGUUCGCCUGAGAAUGGUGUAUCUUCUUACACGGCUGCAUCGUGAUAUCUAUCACCAUCACUCGCUCAAAGGAUGCACUGAUUUAGUACGAACGACCCUCACGCGGCGUGACAUUCCUGAGCCCAGUCCAACUGCCCACGCAAUGCUGUCAUUCAGUCGAGAUCAUGGUUGCAAUAACGGAACUCAAGCGAGAUCGUACUUCAGAACGACUAGACGCUACAAAACUUGUUCUCAACUUCUUCAUUAAGGCCUGUAUUGCAGCAACGCUUCGCUGGAGCUACCCAACAGCUUCUUGGGAUUGAGCGAAGCCUAAUGCCCGUUCGUGAUGUCUGCCACAGCUCUUCUUUGAGAUGUCGAAUGCUGUUUCAAAAUUCGAGUAACGUCGGCUGGAGAUACUGAGCCGAAUAUUAAAUCGGCCUGCAAAAACAUGUUUGGGAAAGGGUAGUCUUUCCUCCUAAUGGCACUUGCUUAAAAGUUAACAUUAAUGUUACUUAUGCUAAAUUUUGUACCGGAAUUGAUGCAAUUAGCGUAAAAAUGCAUAUUUGAAGGCGUUAAUCAUGCUCAGCACCUUUUGCUCUCAGUGCUCG